AACUGCAAGACGUCCCAGAGGAUUCCGCCAAUGCACCAAAACAAAAUACCUUGCAAGGGAGUUUAACGCCAAAACACAUCCACUAACGUCUCACAGCCGUUUGUUUUUUCAGCGGAGAGACGUGUCAGGGUGCCAAGUCUGCUGCCGCGUUGUUCCAGCGGGCCCACGAGCGCACCCAUCUUUACAAGCACUGCCGUCGCACGCAGUCAGAGAGAUUUAUGAAGCUUUCAAGGCCUUUUGAUUGAUCGGCCACUCGAUGGGGAUUCACCGUGGAGCUCCCACCUGUGCAGUCUGCCCUCCGCCCCGCCGCCUCCCCUCCCUCUACCGCACUUCCUCCAUACAAAUCAUGAAACUGGUAUUAACUGAAUGGCAAUCAAUAUGGAUUUUUACUAAUUUCAGUAGACAAUAAAUACCAACGCACACACACAUUCACACACAAACACACACACACAUAUAUAUAUACACACACACACACACACACACAUACACACACAUGCCUACACAUACAUAUGCAUGCUUUACCUUAAAGGGAGUGACCUCAUGACAAAGCCAUAUCUAGGCGAACGCAACAAUACCAAAUAACCCCACAGCGUUGGUGGAGCAUCUCUGAAUAAAAGAAAAACAAUCGCAAAAUAGGACAAAGCAAACAAGGAAUGUACCUUUGAGAGAUUUUUUUUUGUUGUUUUCACUCAUCAUUGAGUUACCUCGGCAACACAGUGAAGACGACGGCAUUAACAGACGUUCGGACGACACAGGGAGUUUAUACUUUUUUUUUUAAAGGAGAAACCAUUGUUUGUAAGUUGUCAUAGGUUGACAGUUUGUUUUUUCCUCUCUAAACAAACACUUGUUUGGUUUUCGCCUUCGGUUGUCGGUUGGAGAGGCCUGACGGUGCACCAUUAGCUCGGCCGUGUGCAUGCCGGCGACCAUGGCACCUCAGAACACUGACGCCGACGCAAUGCAGGUGCAAGGCGUGGUGGUGGUACCCGCCAAACGCAGCGUGGGGCUGGAGAAUGGAGGGGGAGAUAAAGGUGGACAUGGCGGAGGCAAAGGAGGUGGUGGUGGAGGAGCAGGAGGACCAUGUGGAGGAGGAGGAGGCAAGGACCUGGAGGGCCAAGAGGAGUCACCGAGCGAGGGCUCUAUAGACCGCAUUCCGCUCCGUCAGUGGAUCAUGCACGGGGCGGUCAUGUUCGGACGCGAGUUCUGCUACGCUAUGGAGACGGCAUUGGUCACUCCUGUCCUGUUGCAAAUAGGUCUUCCAGAACAAUACUACAGCUUGACGUGGUUCCUGAGUCCCGUCCUGGGCCUGAUCUUCACGCCGCUGAUUGGCUCGGCUAGUGACCGCUGCACGCUGCGCUGGGGCCGCCGGCGCCCCUUCAUCCUGGCGCUAUGCGUUGGUGUGCUCCUUGGCGUGGCGCUCUUCCUCAACGGCUCGCUCAUAGGUCUCGCCCUCGGUGACGUGCCGAACGAGCAACCCAUCGGGAUCGUGCUGACCGUGCUGGGGGUGGUGGUGCUGGACUUUUGCGCGGACGCCACGGAAGGCCCUAUACGGGCCUACCUACUGGACGUGGCUGACACUGAAGAGCAGGACAUGGCCCUCAACAUCCAUGCCUUCUCCUCAGGUCUUGGUGGAGCUGUGGGCUACGCGCUGGGCGGCCUAGACUGGACCCACACUUUCUUGGGCCGGACGUUCAAGUCGCAGGAGCAGAUCCUGUUCAUGUUUGCGGCCGUGCUCUUCACCGGGUCAGUGGCGCUGCACCUGUUCAGUAUCGAGGAGCUGCAGUACAGCCCGCAGCAGGACCGGCUGGACGAGGAGGGCGACACGCUCUCCUCAGUCAAGCUCAACGGCAGCCUGGCCCAUCACGGCCAGCCGCACCUGCUGCUGGACGACGAGGACGAGGACGGCGACGAGCGCUGCGACCUCUACGACGAGGAGGACGAGCGGGACGAACUGGACAUUGAGUUCCUGGACGUGGAGAUGGUGCGGAGCAAGAGCGACUCGGUGCUGGCCAUGGCCGACGCCACGCUGGACCACCUGGAGGCCGACGCGUCCUUCCUGCGGCAGAUCGAGCCGUCCAUCUUCGCCGACCGGCUGUCGUCGUACCACGGCUCGCCGCCCAGGCGCAGCAGCAGCGCCGGCAGCCAGGACUUCCUGCGCAUGGCCAGCCGGGCCAGCGACGGACCGUCCGGCGGCGGCGGCGGAGGAGGAGCGGGGACCGCCCGCUUCAGCCGCCUGUCGGCGUUCCUCCAGGAGCUGGAGCGUGAGGGCGGCGAAGAGGCGUUGCUCAACAACUGCCAGCUGGACGACUCGCCCAAGUCGCCCAACGGCCACGCGCCCGGCGGCGGCGACGCCAACGGCAAUGGCGUGGGCGCCAACGGCCGGCCGCGCUCGGGCCCCUCGGGCCUCAAGGCCUCCAGCAACGCCUCCAUCCGCCGCCGGCGCCACACCUUCUACCGCCAGCCGUCCUGCACCUUCUCCUACUACGGCCGCGUGGGCUCCCACCGCUACCGCUACCGGCGCGCCAACGCCGCCCUCCUCAUCAAGUCGUCGCGCAGCAUGAACGACAUCUACGAGAUGCAGAAGCGGCAGCAGCGCAAGCGCACGACCACGACCGCCAAGCGCGCGCGCCACCAGAGCGGCAACACCAACUCCAGCGGCGACACGGAGAGCGAGGAGGGCGAGACAGAGACCACCGUCCGGCUCUUGUGGAUGUCCAUGCUGAAGAUGCCCCGGGAGCUGAUGCGCCUCUGCAUCUGCCACCUGCUCACCUGGUUCUCCAUCAUCGCAGAGGCCGUCUUCUACACUGACUUCAUGGGCCAGGUCAUCUUUGAGGGAGACCCUACGGCUGCUGCCAACUCCACAGCUCUGUAUAACUAUCAUAAAGGAGUGCAGAUGGGCUGCUGGGGACUGGUCAUCUACGCUGCCACAGCUGCCGUGUGCUCAGCGCUACUCCAGAAGUACCUGGACAACUUUGACCUCAGCAUCAAGGUCAUCUACAUCCUGGGCACGCUGGGCUUCUCCAUCGGCACGGCCGUCAUGGCCAUGUUCCCCAACGUCUACGUGGCCAUGGUGAUGAUCAGCAGCAUGGGGGUCAUCUCCAUGAGCAUCUCCUACUGCCCGUACGCACUGCUCGGCCAGUACCACGAAAUCAAAGAGUACAUCCACCACAGUCCAGGCAAUUCCAAGCGAGGCUUUGGCAUCGACUGCGCCAUCCUGUCGUGCCAGGUGUACAUCUCUCAGAUCCUGGUGGCGUCGGCGUUGGGUGCCAUGGUGGAGGCCACGGGCAGCGUGCGCGUCAUCCCCAUCGUGGCGUCCGGCGGCUCCUUCCUGGGCUUCCUGACCGCGUGCUUCUUGGUCAUCUACCCGCAGGACGGCGACGGGGCACACGGCAAGGGCGAGCAGACCAAAGCGCUGACGUCCUCGUCGGCGACCUCGUCCCUGGAAGUCGUGGAGAAGCCCAGCGUGCUCAAGCUUACCCGCAAGGGUGCCGCCACCACCACCUGCAAGGUGGAGUGCGAGUCCACCCUGUGACCGUGCACGAGGAACGAAGUGCAUGAAAACAGACUAGCGUAUGACAAACAAGACUCAACGCAAUGCAGCACUCCACAGCGGUUGUGACAAACAACGCACACACUCAUACACACUCAUACACACACUCAUACACACACUCACACACACACUCAUACACACACUCACACACUCACAGCCUCAAAGUGGUUGUCACCAAUGAGGCAUAAAACAUUCCCAUCAGUGCACAGUGGUCUCCGAUCUCAUUCUCUUGCAUGCGUCCAGGAGAGAGCGAGAGAGAGAGAGCGAGAGAGGACCAGAGGAUAGAACUUGAAACAAGAGACUAAAAAAGCUGUUUCUUUAUUUCGUCCUCAGUUCAUUUUUGUUUGUAUGUGUGUGUGUGUGUGUGUGUGUGUGUGUGUGCGCGCGCAUUUUUUUCUUCUCGAGCUUGUGGGCCUGGCCUGGCCGGACUCAGGGCUCAGUGUGGAGCGGGCACUUGCCCGUCUCUCCCUCUCAGGGCCACCAGGGGGCGUCCCUGGACUGGACACAUCAGGGGUCAGGGGGGGAAGUGUGUUCAGGAUGGUGUGGAGGAACUCUGUGAAAGACACACACCUCUCCCACUCACUUUUACCCCCCAAUGUAAAGAUGGAAAGGAAAGUUUAAACAAAAAUGUCUGUGAGAAUAUUUCCUUUGAAUAUACAUAUAGAGAUAUAUACAUACAUAUACAAACAUUUAUAUUUUCCCUUAAGUUAUUAUAUUUAGCAUUUUCUUUUCUUGUUCGACCUGAUGUCUCAUGAUGACUGGAGACAUUGCAGUUACCAAAAGUUGCCCAGUUAAACGACUCUUAUCAGAGUAAUGUUUUACUUUGUGGACUUGUAGACUUCACUUGGCUUUAUUUAAAAAUACAAGAAAGCUGGUGUGUUUAGGUGCUCACAUCAUCAGGAGCGCUCUGAGAUUUUGGGGUCAUUCCCCGAGUUGGGCAUCGAAGAGCUCAAUUUUGACACCUGGAUAAGGCACUAUGGCAGUACCUGAGGGGGUUUGCCUGGGUCUUCUGGAGCGGUCUCAUUGGGUCCAUCUGGUGUUCGUUUUAACCAGAUGUUUCAGGUCCACACACAUCCUCAACCUUUCUGCGCAAAGCCUGACAUUGCCACCUCAAGGGCAUUAGAUCUCAUGGUGGUCGAAGGCGGUCGAAACACUUUUUAGAAUCGAUAUAACAAAUAAAAAAUCUCAAUGCUGCAUCAGAGUUGUAGAGUAUUAGCCUGAUACCAAAUAAAAGAGAAGCAACAGGAUGGAGAAGUGGAGCCGUUUGAAAGGACAUUUGUUUUUUUUCUCAGCUCCCUUCGUUUUCGUUUCUUUAAUCUUUUGGAGUUGGCUGUCUCUCGACACAAGGUCAAUGCUCUUUGCUGGAUGUCACUUCAGAGAUGUUUAUAUCCAGGUGUGCCUGUGCUUGGAGGAGACGGG